ACACCAUUUAAUAUCCACUUUAUUAAUCUUACCUAACUAGCUAGCUAGGAUUAGUUAUGAUCGUACAAUAAGAGCAAGAAUUUAAUAGGACUGCCUAAUUCGAGUCAUAAGCUGUACCAAUUACAGCCAACCAUGUCUAAGCUGCUGCUGCUGCUGCUGCCGCCUUCUGCAGGUUUCAUCAAUUUGAGAUUGAGACGAUACAUACAUCAGCCCUCCUGCGCCCAGACCAUGAUGCUAUUUCACCCUCAUUUUUCCAAAUUCAAGAUUGUGCUCUCAUGUAUCCCCACAUAUUCACCUUUUUCAUUAUUCAGUUAUCGCUGUUGGUAUUGUAGAAUUGUUGUUUGGCAAGCUUAAUCAAGCCGCCUUCACUUUCUAAUUUGCAAUCAUCAUCACCCCUUUUAUUUCUAGAUUUCUUCUUCUACUUCUUCUUCAUAUAUACACAUAUAUAUAAUUCCCAUUUCUGUAUAUUUGUUAAUGGAGAAUAUACGUCCAAAGCUUUUUCCAUAUUCGUCGUCCAUGGGGACACCAGCUGCAGUCCUACUCCCAAACACGAUGUCCAAGAGUUUCUAUAAUAAUGAAAACAUGGAUGGCUUCACGGAGUUGAAGAGUACUGAAAUACAUUUCCCUGUAGCGGAAGCAACAGAUGUACAUGAUCAUAAUGGUAAGAACAGUGACGAGGGCCUUGUGGCUGUGGAAGGUCAUGAGAUGAAAUCAUCAGUUCGACUCGGGAGUGGGAAAAGGAAGGGUGAAAAGAAAAUCAGAAAGCCCAGAUUUGCAUUCCACACAAGAAGCCAAGUGGAUAUUCUUGAUGAUGGUUAUCGCUGGAGAAAGUAUGGCCAAAAGGCAGUCAAGAACAACAAAUUCCCCAGAAGCUACUACCGGUGCACUCACCAAGGCUGCUAUGUGAAGAAGCAAGUGCAGCGGCUAUCAAGAGAUGAAAGCAUUGUUGCGACUACUUACGAAGGAAUGCACAUACACCCUGUCGAAAAACCCACUGACAAUUUUGAACAAAUUCUCAGCCAGAUGCAGAUUUAUCCUCCUUUCUGAACCCUCUAGAUUAUUGAUGGUCAAAGUAGAAUAUACCUGCAACAUACAUAGUGGAGGGAAUGCUAGAAUUAUAAAUUUCUAAUUUGUCCAACAAUAUAAUACCUUUACAUAAAUUUCACUUUGAACUCAAUUCAACCAUCCAAAGCCACAAACAGGAGCUUACUACAGAUUGCACACCACACACGUGCAUCAUACUAUUGUAGGAGAAUAUAACACAAUUGCAAUUAGAUCAGCUACCAGGCACAUUUGUUGAUAUCUUAAUUUUGAUUAAAGUGGCUGCUCAAAUAUUUGUCAAGACCAAGAGAAAGUCUAACCAAAUAACCAUAAUGAUUAUUACUAACAAGCAAUACUAAUGUGUACGACCAACUCCACCGGCUCUAUAUUUAUACAUGAAAGUUAAUCUCUGCCACCGCGUCAAGUAGUAGCCCUUCCGAUAACAUUAUUAGCUAGAGUGAAACAUUACGAUGGAUCAUCCACUAAAGCCUGGCCAAAACCAAAAUCAAAGAAAAACGAAGCAACUUUUGAAUUUGAUGUACAGUAGGCAACAAGAUUUAUAAGAACCAGACUGUGACAGAAGAAACAGAAUUGGCCAAAACCAAAAUCGAAGAAAACGAAGCAACUUUUGAAUUUGAUGUACAGUAGGCAACAAGAUUUAUAAGAACCAGACUGUGACAGAGGAAACAGAAUUUGACGAAAGCAAAAUACUCCUGAACUGAGCAGCAAGAGCUUUUCCAUAUGCAUUGUAUAGAAUUACAAUGUGGGCAG